UCAGGCAGUGCACGAUUAACCGGAAGAGACGGUAUGGCUCAUUUCUAGAAGUGUUGGAGGAGGUGAAUAUGGUUUGAGGUCAUUUACAUUUACCUCACUUAAAUACUGUUCAGGUUGUGGUGACAGCACAACUCCAGAUGGAGACGGAGUCCGAGACGCUCUCAGCCGCCAUGGCUAACACCUUAAAAGUGUCAGAGACCAGAGAAACCACUGCAGACCAUGAAGAAGACUGUUUCUAUGACUGUGAGGACAAAUUACCCGGAGAAGAGGGACACACUGACGUUAAACGCACAGAGAGGGCUCACAGUGAUAGACUGAAGUCAGAUGCCAGGACAGAAAAAGACAACAGCGUAGAAACUGAGAGCCUAGAAAACAUGGAUGACACUGACCGGUUGUGUUUGGAUAACACAUCAUCAGAGGAUUCUGAAGAGCACGAGGACAGGUCGGCUGAAAAGAGACAUGACUCAUUAACAGGAGAUCCUGGGGAAGACAAUGGUGAAGAACAGGAGAAAUGUGAGAGGUUUUUGGAGAACGAUGAGAAGAGAGAGAGUGACUCAGAUUCAGAAUUUAAAGAAGAGGAGGUCAAGGUGACGGAGUAUGAUGAGGAAUACCUGCGCGAGCUGGAGAAAGACCUGACGGAAGAAGAAAAAGAGAGCAGAAGAAAAGAGAGUUUAGAGCUGAAGGAGAAGGGCAACGUGCAGUUCAAGAAUGGAGAGCAUGUGGAUGCUGAGGAGUCUUACAUGGCUGCCCUGCGUGUGUGUCCUGUGUGCUACAGUAAAGAGAGAUCCAUACUCUUCUCUAAUCGAGCUGCCGCACGCUUGCAUCAGGAUAAAAAAGACAGCGCUAUCAGUGACUGCUCUAAAGCCAUAGAACUGAAUCCAAAUUACGUCCGUGCCAUCCUGCGGAGAGCAGAACUCUACGAGAAGACAGAAAAGCUUGAUGAAGCUCUAGAGGACUACAAAACUGUCUUGGAGAAAGACCCGGGCAUCCCUGCAGCUAGAGAGGCCUGUAUGCGAUUGCCACGGCAAAUUGAAGAGCGCAACGAGAAGAUGAAAGAAGAGAUGAUGAGUAAGCUGAAAGACUUGGGCAACAUGAUUUUACGACCCUUUGGUCUCUCCACCUCCAACUUCCAGGUCAACCAAGAUACCACAGGAUCCUACUCCGUUAAUUUUGUUCAGAAUCCCAAUAACAACAACAGAUAGCAAGCUAGAGUCCGUUAUUACAGUGAUAAACUGUCGACUCCCCCGUCCAAGUGUUCGGACUAUCCAAUCAUAUUCCCUGUAACGGACAAAUAAUGUAAGCUGUUUCCAUUUGAUUUGGCCGAUUACAUAAUCAGCUCAUGUCAGGUGGCUUUUAAGUCUGUAUUAUUUUGGUCAUUGUUUCAGCAUGCCAGAGUGUUACGUGUGCAGUGAAGCUGGUAUCAGUGACCCACAGACUGUCAGUUGUGAACAAUGAGAAUAAUGGCAGUAAUCAACCAAACCUGCGUUCACAUUAAACCAGUGGUUAUUAGAGAUCCUGUCCGCAUUGCCUAUUGUGACUUUCUUUGAUGUAUUUAAUACAGCAUGAUUUAUUAAAGAAUAUGACACAGUUUGGUACAAGG